AUGAUGACCAAGUACAUGAGGAACAAUGUGCAAGGAGUUGUGCUACUUUUUUCUCUUCUUGUGGUGUGUUUGACUUGUCUUGGAGGCACAUAUGGUGGAAUCAUAAACGACAAGGGGAGCAAUAUGAUGAGCAAAGUAAGCCAUGUAACGAGACCCCCUUGUUAUAAAGAUGGGCACCAGCUCCCUGGAUGGGAAUUCUGCUGUAAAAUAGAUAACUUGUGCUGGCCAAAUCUUGGAGAAUGCUUCAUCAACUGUCCCUGCAAGAUUAAUUGCACACCAGCAGCAGCAACAACACAAUAG